AUGGCGGACGACACGAUCCGAGAGCAGCUCUGUCAAAUAGAGCAAAGCUUGGGCGUGUGCCAUGUAGCCGAGGUGCAGGCAUGGCCACAGCCGAAGGCGAAGCCACCUGAGAAGCUGAAGCCACCACCCAUGGCGGUGGCCGUGAGCGCCACCAGUGGAUCCACUCGAGCGGCCAGUCCAUCACGCGGCCCCGCUGCGCGCAGUCCAGAGCCACCGGGGCCUAAGUUGACCAACCCAAAGCAGGUUGAGAGUCACUUGGUGGUGGCUCCGAUUCCAGCGGAUCCACCCUCUCCGGAUGACACGGAUCUGCCACCCGUGAGCUUGGACGCUGAUCUCAUGACCAAGUUGAAUGCCGCUGUGGACCAGCUGCUUCAGGGCGCUCCCUGGAGCGCCGGCCGGACUUCGGACCCCACGGUCAUCGAGCUGGGCCCGGCCAAUCCACCGAAGAUGGAGCAGGCGGCCUCGUUCGCACGCCUAGCGCCUCGUUUGCCCCAGCAGCUGGCGGAACUCCGGCGCCAGCUCCGCGCCCUCUCCGCCGACUGCGAUCGCCUCACGGGCGCGCUAACGGAGGGCGAGUCCAGCGUGGUGUCGGCACGAGUGGAGGAUGAGGCCAUUGAACAAGUGGAGGCGAUCCACGCCAGCGCCAUGAGCCGUGCGCGGGUGCUCCUCGAAGAGCUCUCCGAGCGCACGGAGCUGGAACGCGCGGGCGUCGAUUGA